AUGACUAAAAAGUUCGAAUUCAACUGGCAGAUCCCAGUUCCCGAGCCGCUGUUGCAAGGUGCUGUGUUCGAUCGUUGGACGGAAGAGAAGGACAACACCGAGUUGGAGCAGAAUUGCCUGUUUAAAGUCGACGAGUACGGCUUUUUCAUAUACUGGAAGAGCGAGGGCAAGGAUGGUGACGUCAUCGAGCUGUGUCAAGUCAGUGACGUGAGAUCUGGAGGAGUGCCAAAGCAAGAUUCAAAAUUGAGCACCAAUCUCAUAAACAAGCAUGGAGACUCCCUGGAAGACAAGUCGCUCACGAUAUGCAGCGGCACCGACUACAUCAAUAUUAAUUACCAGCACGUGGUCUGCCCCGACGCCGCCACUGCUAAGGUGUGGAAGGAGGGACUUCGGGCAAUAACACACAACAACAAAAUCAACAAUGUUUGUCCAAGAACGAGCUUAAUGAAGCAUUGGAUGCGCCUAUGCUUCCUAACGGACCCUCGUGGCAAGGUUCCCGUUAAAGUGGUAGCCCGUACCUUCGCCUCCGGUAAGACUGAGAAGAUGGUGUACCAAUGCCUGUCUGAACUGGGUCUGCCUUCGGGAAAGAACGACGUGAUGGAAAAGGAAGCCUUCACAUUCGACAAGUUUUACGCACUGUAUCACAAGAUUUGCCCGAGGAACGAUAUCGAGGAGUUGUUUAGAUCAAUUACUCAAGGCAAGGCAGACCGCAUCAAUCUUGACCAGUUCGUGAACUUUCUAAAUGAGAAGCAGCGCGAUCCGCGCCUUAAUGAGAUUCUCUAUCCCCUAUACGACGACAAACGCGCCGCGGAAAUUAUCAACGACUACGAACAGGACGAUGAAGCCAAAGCUGCCAAGUGCCUGACGAAGGACGGUCUGAUCCGCUACCUGAUGUCAGACGAGAACGCGCCCGUGUUCCUGGACCGGCUGGACAAUUACAUGGACAUGGACCAGCCGCUCUCCCACUACUACAUCAACUCGUCACACAACACCUACCUCUCCGGACGUCAGUUCGGCGGCAAGAGCUCCGUCGAGAUGUACCGCCAAGUGCUACUGGCUGGAUGCAGAUGCGUAGAGCUGGACUGCUGGGACGGCAAGGGCGAAGACGAGGAGCCGAUCAUCACCCACGGGAUGGCGAUGUGCACUGACAUCCUGUUCCGCGACGUGAUAUACGCGCUCCGUGACACGGCCUUUGUCACGUCGGACUGCCCGGUCAUCCUGUCCUUUGAGAACCACUGCUGCAAGGCGCAGCAGUACAAGCUGGCCAAGUACUGCGACGAGAUACUCGGCGACCUGCUGCUCAAGGAGCCGCUGCCCGAACAUCCCCUGGAACCUGGGGUACCUCUACCGCCGCCCUCAGCCUUGAAACGUAAAAUCAUGAUCAAAAAUAAGAGAUUGAAGCCAGAAGUGGAGAAGCAAGAGUUAGAGUUGUUCCGACAGGGACAGUUCGUUAUCGAGGACGAAGUUAAAGAAGACGCCUCUGCUGUGGUCUUACCCGAAAAGAAGGUGGAGGAGGUGGUGGCUGAGGCGGAGGCCGAGGCGGGCGCGGGCGGCGAGGAAGCGCCGCCGCCGGUGGCCUACACCGGCUCCACCACCAACGUGCACCCUUGGCUCUCCUCCAUGGUCAACUACGCGCAGCCCAUCAAGUUCCAGGGCUUCGAGGAGGCCGAGAAAAAGAAUAUCCACCACAACAUGUCAUCAUUCGCGGAGACCACCGGUAUGAACUACCUGAAGUCGCAGGCUAUAGACUUUGUGAACUACAACAAGCGGCAGAUGUCACGUAUCUACCCUAAAGGCACGAGAGCCGAUUCCUCAAAUUACAUGCCCCAGGUGUUCUGGAACGCCGGCUGCCAAAUGGUGUCCCUGAACUUCCAGACCUCAGAUCUGCCUAUGCAGCUGAACCAGGGCAAGUUCGAGUACAACGGCAACUGCGGCUAUUUACUCAAACCGGACUUCAUGCGGCGAGCCGACAGGAGCUUCGAUCCUUUCGCAGACGCCCCGGUAGAUGGCGUGAUCGCGGCACAGUGCUCUGUUCAGGUGAUAGCCGGUCAGUUCUUGUCGGACAAGAAAGUCGGGACGUACGUGGAGGUGGACAUGUAUGGUCUACCAACUGACACCAUCAGGAAGGAGUUCAGGACCCGCAUGGUGCCGGCCAAUGGACUGAACCCUGUUUACAACGAAGAGCCUUUCCUGUUCCGAAAGGUGGUGCUGCCGGACCUUGCCGUGCUGCGCUUCGGCGUGUACGAGGAGAGCGGGCGGCUGCUGGGGCAGCGCAUCCUGCCGCUGGACGGGCUGCAGGCCGGGUACCGCCACAUCUCGCUGCGCACCGAGGCCAACUUCCCCAUGUCGCUGCCCAUGCUCUUCUGCAACAUCGACCUCAAGAUCUACGUGCCCGACGGCUUCGAAGAUUUCAUGGCGGCGUUAUCCGACCCACGCGCUUUCAUGGGCGCGGCCAAAGAACGAACGGACAACAUGAAGGCCUUGGGCAUCGAAGAAAGCGCGCCAGAGAAGAAGGUCACUAUCGAGGAGAAAAAAGAAGAGCCACCCUUAGUAUUCGAACCGAUCACUGUGGAGUCACUCCGACAAGAGAAGGGCUUCCUCAAAACUGGUCGCAAACAGCAGAAGGAGUUGGAGACGAUGCGCAAACGGCAUGCUAAGGAGAAGAUGACGUUGCAGAAGCAGCAAUGUGCAGCUUUGGAGAAGAUGAUUAAAGGGAAGAACAAGGAGCAGCUGAGCAAUGAUGCGGCUUUCCGCAAGCUGGUGGGAGAGCAGUCGACUGCGUGGAGCGAGCUGGCGGCGCGACACCGCCGCGAGGAGACAGCCGGGGCUCGCGCGCGCCUCGACGAGCAGCGCGACCUGCUCAAAAAAAUGAUGGAGCAGACGCAGCUGGCGCAGAUGAAACAGCUCGAGGCCAAGCAGGACAGGGAGUUAAAGGAGAUGAACGCUCGCCAGGCGAAGAUCAGCAUGGAAACCAGCAAGGAAGUCGCCAAUGAUAAGACUUUGAAGACUAAACAAGAGAAAGACCGAAGACUGCGCGAGAAAAAGCAGAACAACACUAAGAAAUUCAUGGACGAAAGGAAGACUCAGAUUAUCAAGCACACCCGUGAAAAGGAAAAGCUGAAGGGAACCCAUGACAAACAGCUCGAAGAGUUGUCCAAGGAUAUCGAUAAUCUGAUUGAAAUGUACAAGAUGGAGGAAUCGGAGUUCGACAUGGCGAGUAAAACAGAAUUCUUCGCAUGA